AGGUGGUAUGCUCCCCUGUGACAGCCCCCCUAAAUCCCUGCAAAAACCUACCAAACAAUGCCACUACCAAAAUGGUGGUCUUCAGGUCCCUCAAAGCCCUAAUCAAAGACCCCAAAGCAUCCAAAACCUUCCUCACCCUCACCACCUUCACCAGCACCACUGCCUCCACAAUCCCACUCCCCUACUUCCCUCUCUCUAACCCUCUCGCUCGCCCUCUCUUUCGCUUCCCCUGUUCCACCAAAUGGCUCUUCAGCCCCUCCUUCCACGGCCCUCUCUUCCUCUCUUUCCCUCCCUGGAAGCUCUCCCAGUCAGCCACGCCCCUCUACCUCCAGUGCAAGGCCACCGCCGUCGUUUUGCGCAGGGCUUUGCCCAUCACUUUGGGCCAGGCCGACGCGGUGUUGCAUAAGGUCGAGGGGCCCAAGGAGCCCUGUGACGCCUUUCUGGACAGCUUCGUGAACUUGCCGAACUUCAUAUCCAUGACCCGGUUGCUCUCUGGUCCUGUGCUUGGAUGGAUGAUCACAAAUAAGUGGUAUUCUUCGGCAAUGGUGGCUUUGGCUAUCUCUGGGGCAACUGACUGGCUAGAUGGAUACGUGGCAAGGAAGAUGAGAAUUAAUUCUGUUGUGGGUUCCUACCUUGAUCCCCUUGCUGACAAGGUUCUUAUUGGAUGUGUUGCUUUGGCAAUGGUACAUAAGGAUCUUCUGCACCCUGGACUUGUUGGACUUGUUGUGUUGCGAGAUGUCUUCCUUGUUGGUGGUGCAGUAUAUCAAAGAGCUAGUAGCUUGGGUUGGGAGUGGAAAAGUGGGUUUGAUUUCUUCAACCUUGAUGGUACCUGUCCCCAAAAGGUUGAGCCUCUCUUUCUUAGCAAGGUUAAUACGGUUCUCCAGUUGGUUUUAGUAGCUGCAGCUCUUCUUCAACCAGAGUUUGGAACCCAAGAAACUCAGCCAUACAUCACAUAUUUAAGUUGGUUAGUGGCUUCAACAACAGUGGCUUCCACUGCAGCAUAUGGAGCACAACACAUAAGGAAGAGAUCUGCCUUGACCAGUAGAAAAUCUUAGUUCGGAUCUUACCUUUUCAGGUAGCUUGUAAAAUACCAUCAAUUUCAUCAGCUCGAGUAUUUAGUGGGCGUCAGUUUUAAAAGACUGGAGAACAAAUGGUCUUGCGCAGCACUCGUUCACCCCUUCGGCUUCUUCAGAUGUUGAGGUUGUGGUAUCCUCCAUACACAGAAGAAAUGGAAUGUGUUGGAACUUUUAAGGUCAUCUUUCACAAGUUCCAUCUGUCAGAGAUUGAGUUGUGGCCUUUUAACUCUUGGAAUUGCAUGGCAAGUGCGGAAAGUUGGAAAAACUUGGCUAAGCUGUGCAGAUUCAUAGCAGAAUCUCAUUUUCUUUUUUCCUUUCCUUUUUUCUCAUUUCAUUUGCCCUUUUUUUAAGGGGAAAGGACGGGAGGGUUGAACUUGUUAUUGUCAAUAAAGAAAUGUCCUUGUAAUUUAUAUACUCGACAUUACAAAUUUAAAAGAUGUAGGAUUGUAGGGUUUGUUCUGUUAAGAAAGUUACUUUGGAUGCCAAUACUCAUUUUGUUACAAGAGGAUUUGUCAUCAACAA